GACAAAUGACAACACAUCAACUCCGGCCAACAAUGCACAUGACUUACAAGACGGGAGGCUUAUAGUUAUCGACAUGUCUACACCGGUGCGAGACCCCUUCGAAGACCUCCUAGACAUGGGGGAGGACGACAUGGGGGUAGAGUCGCCACCACCACUACCUCCAUCACAGCCCCCAAAGACUGAAUCCUGGAUGGUUUUGUCGAAGGAUGCAGAAGACUUUAAGUCCAUGAAUGACUCAGAUUUAUUUGGUAGUGGUAGCUCCAGCAUGAAGUCUUCCCACACAGACGACCUUGGCGACAUAUUCUCCAGCACCAGCAGCAAGAGUGGCACCAAAGCUCACGGCAGUACGUUCAACGACCUGUUCGAUGGAGCACCCUCUGAUAAAAAGACCAAGAAGAGUACAUCCAGUCAUGGAUCUACCUUCGAUGAUUUAUUCGAGGAAUCAAAACCCAGUGGUUCAUCUGGCAGUGCCAUGGAUGAUUUGUUUGGCAGUGUAAAGUCAAGCACGGUUUCAGGGACCGAUUCUUCUUUGGAUGAUCUGUUUGGAAGUGGAAGUGCCAAGCAGUCGACCCAGGCAGCAAGUAAAAGUAAUGGAUCUCAACUUGUGGAUUUGUUUGGUGAUUCUGAAAGUGGGAAAUCGAACAGUAUGUUUUCAAGCAAGAAUACCGACGACCUUAACGAACUGUUUAAAAGUGACUUGAAAAAAUCAGAGAAGGCGCUAGAUAAGAAGGACGAUGAUCCCGGUGAGGAUUUAUUUGGGAGUUCGUAUGGAAAGAAGUCUAUAGCGGAUACUUCCAGGAACAAAACCGACGACACACUUGAUAUUUUCAAGGAAUCUGCUGUUACAACUCCCAGUUCAAAAACAGAUUUUGAUGACCUGUUUGGCAGUUCUUCUCAGAUGACAAAGUCUACAGAAGUGGCUGCAGCUGUUUCAUUUACAGAUGAUGCCUUGAUGACCAACGGUAAAAGCAGCAGGACAAGCAGUGACCUUGAUGACUUCUUCUCCACCAGCAAGCCAGCAGCAGCAGCAGCAGUGUCAACGGAUACGAAGGACACUCCCGACACUGUGGAUGGGAAGGCUGAGAUACACGUCUCACCUGUGACAGAGCCAGCAAAGCCUAACAGCAGCAGUGAUUUUGGAGACCCAGAACCAGACGAGUUGGACUUCUCUGUGAUUGAGGAUACAUCAUUACUGGAUCCUAACAUGAACAGAAGCAAGACAUCGCUACGGAAACGGAGCUCUCUGGCACGGAGGAAGAAGCCCACUCGCAGCAGUAUGAGACGAGUAUUUCAGCAGACGGAGGACGGUCUCAGCGUCAGCCCCACAAGUGCAGAUGCAGACAAGGAUGAGAUGGAAGAUCAGACCAAGCCAGAGGAAGAACCUGAGUCCAGUGCUGCCAAGGACGAGGACAAGAAGCCUGAAGUUGUCAAGAAGUGCCCCGUGCCUGGUGGGAAGCUGCUUCUGGGGCCCGAUGUCCUGGCUCAGGCUCAGCUGCUGAAGGGCAUCGGCAGCAAGAGAGGUCAACCAUCAGCCAAGGUUGACAAGGUUGACACAGGGACCAAGCAGGAACAGCUUCCCCCUGAGAAGCCUGUGGAGAAGCCCUUGGAGAAGCCAGAAGAGAAAGCUGAGAAGGCAAAAGAGAAGGUCGAGGAUAAGCCCAAGCCAGAGCUAAAGGAGAAGAUUGAGGAGGUUGCUACCUCCAGUGCUAGCCCAGAGAAAGAAGAGCCAGUCGGGAAGAAGGGCCCUGUUGGUGGAAGGCUGGUGCUUGGACCUGAUAUGUUGGCUCAGUCUCAGCUGUUAAAGGGUAUUGGGAACAAGCGAGGUCAGCCCUCCUCUUCAGCUGAAUCUGUCCAUGACCAAACAAAUGGUGCUCCCUCUGUCAGUGACCUUGACUCAACGGAGGACAAACAGAAGCCAGUCAUCAAAUUGAGGAAACCACAACUCAGCCCCAGGCCUAAACUUUCCCCACCUUCCGAUCUCAAAACCACAAGGUCUCGGCUGAAGGAGGCCCAGCCUGGAGAGACCAAGAAAGGUUCCUCUUCCAUCUCUCAGGAGACUGGUAAGGGCAGUGUGUUUCCCACUGUGCUAAAGCCUGCCGUGCCUCAGGAGAGUACCAGUAACAAGACAUCGUCUAUGACCUUGGAGAAGGUCAACCUCCGGUCUACGCGAAGCAGCAGCAUCGAGACGAAGGUCACCAGCCCCACGGUGGAGAAUAAUGUGAUUCACGGGGAGCUGUCUGAGAGGAAGAACUCCCUGAGGAGAGUGUCGCCAGGGAAGAACAAAGAAGAAGAAAAGAAAGAAGAGAAGAAGGAUCAGCCUGCCUGGCUAACUGGGAUGAAGUUACGGAAGACUUCAUCGGGAGUCAGUGACACCAGCAGCGCUGACUCCACCCCGUCUAAGGGCUUGGCAGAACGCACUCCUGUAAAGACAUCCGAGGCUAAGGCAAGCACAACCAGGGUUGAGAUAGCGGUCAGUCCGAAGGCCAGUACUAGUGUCCGCACAACUACUCCUCGGGUCCCUAGGGAGGACCGACCUCAGCCAAGCCUUAAGCCACUGGUGGACAGGCCCAAACCCAAGACUGAAGCCAAGCCCAGUAGUGUUAACGGACGCGGUGAUGCAUCUGUGAGCAAGUCUCCCCUCGGUGUACGAGACACCAACACGACUACUGAAGACCUGCCGCGUGGAAACGGGACCUGGCCGAGAGGAGGAAGAAGAAGAAAGAGGAUCCAGGCACUAGCACUCCGACAAAGUCUGACACACAAGAUGUGGCGGCUAACUGGCGGUCUCAGCUGUCACAGAAGAAGAGGAGGUCCGUGGCAUCACCUGCAGGAGAUGCGAAGGCUAGCCCAGACAGCAAGCAGCCGGAGUGGGCCAUGCAGGCAGAACAACGCAGAGCAAGGCUUGUCAAAUCUGGACUCAUUGGACAGAAGUGAUCCCAAGAAUCUUCAGACAGCAAGUCUUAUAUAUACUUCUUCAUCCUUUCUGCUCAGCAGCUCCUAAUGUGAAGCAUUCAGCCGGACAGCCCCACCCCUAGGGCAGGGGCGCCCAGGGGAGGGACUACCCCCCAACAAGAGAGGGACUAAUCCCUCUGUAGUGAUCUCUGAUCAUUCCUCUGUGUUAUUCACAACUCUUAAGCAAUCUUAUGUGUUAAUGGUGCUCAAAUUGUUGUUGAUUAAGUCUUGUUAAUUCUGGAGUAAUGUCAAUGUCGGAGACUCAACAAUUGCAAGGCAAGGGUGUUGUUGUACAAAGCCAUCCUAACGCUAAGGUGAUCAGAAUUCCUGUACCUUAACAUAGACUUGCGACAACCUUAGCGCUGAGGUUGUUUUGAAUAGCAGCACCCUGGGCCCAAUUCCACAAAGCCAUCUUAUUACUAGAACUAUCUGAAGCCUAUGCUGAAGUAUAGAAGUUGUGAUCGCCUUAGCAUUAAGAUAGCUUUGUGCAGCAGGGCCCAGUGUUUGUGGUGUCCAUGUGGUUUCCCUGGCAACGCAACAUACAGAGUUUCUGUCUCCUGUGUCUUAAAUACCUGUGACUGAUUUACCUACAAGAUAUUAUCUCAGUUUGUCAUGAGACAAUUUGGUCUAAAUUUAAUGACAGUGACAAAUUACAGAUUUCCAAAUUCUGUUAAUAUCAGAUGAUUGGACCAUUGAAUAGGAAGAGGUUUCAAGCUUAGUGUUACAUUAUCCAAUAUUGCAUUGAAUAAACUCUCCAUCCACAAUGUUAAAAUACCUCUGAAUUUUAGAAUUUAAGAAUUGUUUGAAAAAAUCCCAAUUUUGAACCAAUUAAUGAUUGUUUUUCCAAUUUAGAUGCAACAGGCACUUGGUUUGAAAUCAAGUACUUUUAUUAGUUCACCUGAUACUGUAUGUAUUAGCUCACCUGGUCAUCAACAACCAUCUGAUAUUUGCUAUCAUGUGAAUAUUUCCAGGCACUGAAGAAGACAAGACCAAACAACGUUUUAUGAAAAUAUCCUUAAAAGACAAAACGAAAAUGCACUAAUUUCAGCAAGUCGGAUAAAGUCAAGGUCACAUUGAAAGCCUGUAUGUUGCAUUGGAAAAUAGGUCACGUGAAGAAAGGUCAAGGUGAUAUUGCAAAGUUCAAAAUGCCAAGGUCACAUGGUACUUGUGGCUCCACAAGCUCAAGUUGAGCUCAAAUCGGAAUCAAUUAAUGGUUGUGGAAUUUCUGGUGUUAAUUCAGAAUCCAGUGAAUUCAUUUACGUGACAUUUUCAUUGUUCAUUUAAUGAACCUGUAAUAUACAGACACUGUGGUUAGUGACCAGUUGAGUUGCUGUUCAUAUUCUCGUAAAUAUUGGCAUCCUUUGGUUGUGUAACAUA